AAAUCUUCAAAAGAGAACAUAAUAUAUGCAUGAAUGCGAGAACUUCAUAUGGGUGUCUGAGACUCUAUGAAGCGGUCGAGCUGAGCCGAAACAAGCUGGCGUCAUGGCGGCUCGCUCCCGCCAGGGAAACGUCUCAACUCCGUCAGACCUCCCCACUACACAUCUUUAGCGCGCUGCAUCAGCUCCCCGUCUGGUUUUUUCUGUAUCGUUCUAUCCUUCCUUGACUCGACCGCGGCUUAGCAGGGCUGAUCCCCUCGCAGCGAGGCACCACCAACUAGCACCCCUCCACACUACAAGAAAUCCUGGCUCCGAAACCGUACUUCCGUUGGCCAGUCUCCCGGUCAAGACUCUUCACCUCCAGACGGCCAACUAUUGCGAGUUCAUUGCUCUCCAAGUGGAAAUCUCUCUCGCGCGUUCCGGCUCGCCCUAGCAGACUCUCAUCUCUCCUUCGCAUUGUCGUCGGCCCUCAGGCAACUCGGCGCGCACAAAACCGCAUUUGGAGUAUUCGACACGAAGCCCUCCCCGCGCUUCGGCACCGGGCCCAAUCGCGUAUCUACCGCGCCAUCGUCAAGCGGCAGGCGCGGCUCGCGGCACGCCAUCGCAGACUCGGCGGGGGCUUCGUCGCGUCUCUUAUUGGGUCGAGACGACAACUGCUACGACGCUGGAGGACUAGUACAGCGACGGCCGGCAGUCCGUCUGCCAGACGUGCGAGAGUCGCUCGAGGAGGAACCCCGGACGGGGCGAAAGAUGCUGUGACGGACUCGAUGUCAUCCACAUGGGAAAGCGGGGACGGCGUUACCCAGAGUAGCCGUCGCAAAAAGGCGUACGAGUGGAUCAAAGCCGCGAACGAGGUCGGUCAGGCGUAUGCGUCACGGUGGACCAGCCAACGAGGCGAGCCUCAUGAAGAUUACUACAAUACACCUGGCGCAUUUCCGGAUGUGGAGAUUGCGCGGUCGGGGGAUGAGGAGAUGGUUCUGUUCCCCAGCUACGCAAGAAGGCUGGAUCCGGAGAGGAAGAAGCAUAAGAAGCCCGAGACCGAUGUGCCACGAAGACGUGAUUCGUGGUCUGAAACUAUCGAUGAAUACCGUGGCAUUUCGGACGAGAGCAAUCCCACUGGGAAAAGCUGGGAAGACUCCUUCCUAGAGAAUGCGGUUGUCGACGUCGACGUGCGUGGCUGGAUCUAUGCGCCUAAUCGGGGUCCGAUGAGUCGCAAGCACCGUCUGAUGAUCAAGCUGGCCAGAACGCUGAGCGGGAUUCCAGCUCCUUCUGGUGCAACAGCCGAUGAAAGCAACGACCGAGUGCCCAACAAGGGCGAGGAUGAGCUCGUGGACAAACAAAUGCAAACUCUUGUCGACACAGCAGAGAAAGAUGCUGAUCAAGCCUGGAAAGCAUCGAAUGCCGACCGGACAAGACCAGGCACAGGCGCAGGCAAUGCUUUGGGCCAAGCUGCGGCCAUGACCAAGGAUGAGAUCUCCAUGGCCAACGCCCAUCUGAUGGAACGGCUUCGACCGUUCCUGACGAAUCCUAUGGCCGGUAUGCCAGUAACGGUGUUCUAUUUCAACGACGAUCAGAGCGAGUCCCGAAAUAUUCUUACAGACGAGUCGGGGCAUUUCAACCUUCGCGCUGCGAUGCCAUUUGUCCCAACUCAUAUUCGAGUACUUGCGUCAGAGGACUUGUCCGCAGCGAGGCCGAUUGACAUUAUCGAACCGGUGGGCAUCAGCUUGAUUAGUGAUAUUGACGACACCGUGAAGCACUCUGCCAUCGCCAGCGGCGCAAAGGAAAUGUUCCGAAACACAUUCGUCCGUGAGCUGGCCGAGCUGACCGUUGAGGGUGUCAGCGAAUGGUAUACGCAAGUGGCGAAGAAAGGUGUGGAAAUCCACUAUGUCUCCAACGCGCCAUGGCAAUUAUAUCCUCUGUUGGAGAGAUACUUCAAGCAAGUUGGCCUGCCACCUGGUUCUUUCCAUCUGAAGCAGUAUACGGGCAUGUUGCAAGGCAUAUUUGAACCGACCGCCGAGCGCAAACGAGGCUCGUUGGAACAGAUCAUGCGGGAUUUCCCUGAGCGCAAAUUCAUUCUCGUUGGUGAUAGCGGCGAGGCCGAUCUUGAGGUGUACACUGAUAUUGUCCUCGCCAACCCUGGCCGCAUUCUGGGUAUUUUCAUCCGUGACGUUACCACGCCAGAUAAAAAGCCAUUCUUUGAUCAAGCUGUUGACCACUUGGAACCGGAACCUACCCGGAGUCGUAGUACUCCGCAGCUCAUCGACAAUGCGGACUCUGUUGCAAACAAGCCGACACUGCCACCUCGCCGGCCAAUGGCGCCUCCUCCCGGCGUCGAUUUGAAGCUUUCUCAUAGUGAGGAUCUUAUCGAUCUAAGCGACGAGAACCCGAAGGAGAAGAAUGCUGCGCCAGCAAUACCCACUGCGUCGAAGCCACGGCUGCCGCCUAGCAAGCCGACGAAGCCAUCUUCACUCAGGACGGCAUCUGGUGUUGGUGAUAUGCCUGACACGACCCCUAAGGAAUCGUUCUCUCAAGAGACCAUACGCCGCAAGCCAGUUCCUCCCCUGCCGCCUCGACGGCUCGCAGCCAAGACGGAUUCACUCAUCGACCUGGACACCUCGCCACCACUCUCUCGCUCUCGUACGGAGCCAUUGACCAACGAGGGCAACCCAGGUCUACCGUCUCGCUCUAAAGCACCGCCUCCAGUCCCUCCUCCACGACGGUCAAACACUGCCUCCUCGACUACGGGCUCCGGUUCCAGUGGAGCAUCAACGCCGCGACAGGCAGUACCGGCCACGAAACAAUCAUACCCGGCUGCUGCCGGAGCCGCUGCCCAAGCAGCCCUCAACUACGCUACGGAACGACUUAACUUUUCUGGUUCCCCAGCCCAAAAUCUCCGCACCUCCGCAUCAAACCAAUCCCUCGGUCGCACAUCCACAAGUAGCUACAGCGCCGCUGAACCCCUCCCGAAUAAACGAGAAGAACUCUGGCGCCGUCGGUGGGAGCGUGCAGGUAAUAUUCUCGAGCAACAGGGUGUUGUUCUCGGUAGUUGGCGUAUUGGAUCGGAUGCACAACCCGUUUGCCUGUGGUUGAUAGAGGAGGCGAUAGAGAAGAUACAGGUGAAACAGGCGCAGGCGGGUGCGGGACGCCGGCCAUAGUCUCGUUAUGAUGCAUUACUACGUGAUUACGGGGGUUGGAGAUUUGUACAUAGGAUAUAGACUAUUGAUACACACUGUCAUUGCAAUUCAGCAAGGUCCAUGCUUCUAUAACCGGCUGAUGUGUUCAUGGUGAAAGUAAGCCACAUUGUCUUUCUUCCAAUGUCAGCAUUCUCUGGGCACUUCCGAAUUCAUGUUCCAGCGUAAGCACGAAGGGAAACAGUUAAUGCGACGGUGGUAG